AUUUUUCGUUUUCUUCAAUAAAAUGAGUGGGAAUGAUAUAGACGAGGAAAUUCAAUGGGGUUUACAUUACCGUCAAGACAAGAAAAGAAAUGUUAAAGGUUUCGUCGUGCCUAAAAAAUCUCCGUUGAAUGUGAAAGAUCUGUGGCAAAGAUACCAAGUAACCAAAAACAUUCAAGAUUUGCAAUCAAUCAAGAAACGCGCCUCGAUAAAAAUUCCACCGAACAGUUUUCGUACUCCACCAAAGAAUAAAGUGGGUCUUCUAAGCCGGGCGACCUUUACAAGACGACAGUACUUCAAUUACCUUGCGACACCUUCGACGUUUCGCGUGGACGAGGAGCCUGACCCAAUAACUGUAUUGAAGAAGAAGCUGAGACCGAAGAAGUGUUCAGCCAGGUUGGUCGAACUGGCAAGACCGCGCAAGGUGCGUGUUUAUGGAACGUGGACAGACUUCUGGCCUCAACUUUCCGGAGAGGCAAUCGAGCGACUCGGAGGUUUACUGCAGACGGAUCGGACUUUGGAUCCGACAUUCGCAAGGUGCUGUUUCUCCGACAUGGAUCGAAAACGAAAAAAGGAAAACCGAAAGCAAAAGCGCAAACAGAAGAAAACGCGAAAACGCAGAAAGCGAGAGGAUGUAAAGUGGAUCAAACUGCAAACAAGCACAACCGCUGACCUUUUGGUGUCUUUCUUGCGUGACAGCGUGCCGAAGGACAUAAGCUACAAGCAGAUGCUGCUCUCUGACACGAUUCUCGAGCAGCUAAAGGAACGUCAGCAUCUGAAAUCUAAGCCCUUGAGGAAUUCCAAAAAUGUCUACCAGCGGAGCAUCUACGAGAUCGUGGAUCAGAUUGCACUGUGGAUUGACAACGUUGCGCGUUACGUGGAUGCCCAGUAUACCGAUUCGGUUGAAGAAAUUACCAACAAAACCUCGUUUGAAACUUCAUCGGCGCUGGACGAAGAACAGGAGGAAGAAGGAAGCACGGUGCAGAGGUUCGUAUUGCCACCGAUACCUUCCUUCCCAAACUCUCCAGUUAGUAAUUUUGCGAGUCCAUUUGAAUCCGGAAUUGAGGAGUGAUGUGAUCGUUUCUUUCCCAACUGUAACAGUAUAGUAAAUAAAAUUUUAUCACUUUA